AUGUGCGCCUCUUCCCCUCAUCCCGUCAAUCCCCUCACUCACCGCAUCCCUCUCCACUUUCCCCCUACGAUUUUUGAGGCGCCUAAAAAAUCAUCCCGUCUAUCCCCUCACUCCCGUCUAUCCCCUCACUCCCGUCUAUCCCCUCACUCCCGUCUAUCCCCUCACUCCCGUCUAUCCCCUCACUCCCGUCUAUCCCCUCACUCCCGUCUAUCCCCUCACUCCCGUCUAUCCCCUCACUCCCACGAGUCCCUGGCAACCAUCGGACACCUCUCCCACCUGCGAGUGCUAGACCUGUGUGGCAUGAAGCAUCUGACGGACGUGGGACUGGAGGGCAUUGCUUGCUGCUCUCACCUCGAAUCACUCAACAUCUCCUGGUGUGUGCUUAUAACGGAUCAGGGCCUCAUCCAACUGGCAUCCUCCUGUCAUCAUCUCGAGCUUUUAAGUCUGCACGGCAUAAGGGGGGUCACAGACGCAGCCAUGGCUGCCCUUUCUGCCUCUUGCCUCAACUCCCUGCACACAUUGGAUGUUAAUGGCUGCGUUGGAAUACAGUUUCGUUCGCACGACCAUCUAAAGCUGCUAUUUCCACGGAUCUUGUGUUUCACCGUUCACAAAUAA